AUGAAGCAAAAGAUAGUAGUGAGUGUGCCAAUGCACUGUGACAAAUGCCGAACCAAGGCCUUGAAGAUUGCUGCAGCUGCACACGGUGUGAACAAAGUGUCGAUCGAAGUAGACAAAGGUCAUAUGGAGGUGAUUGGAGAUGGGGUUGACUCUGUUUGCUUGACCAGUUUGUUAAGGAAGAAGCUUGGCUUCGCCACCAUUGUCAAAGUUGAAGAAGUGAAAGGAGCUAAAGAUGAUAAGAAAGAGGAAAAGGCAACGCCUCCCCCAGGCUGUGUUCAAUAUUGUCCUCCAAUGUACUAUGAACUGGUUGAUGAAUAUCCAGAACCAGUCCAAUGCUCUAUUAUGUAA